AUGGAUAUGCUUGAACAGAGUUUAGACAGCUCUAAGAGUCAUCAUUCACGGGAAGCAGAGGAGGUUCUCCAAUUGGAAAAGGGUGUGGUGAUGAAGGAGCAGACUGCAGUUACCAUACAGAGUGUACAGCAGGCCGAAGCUUUUGCGGAUCAUAAUGUUCAAUACCAGUUCCGCACUGAGGAUUCUUCACUCCAGUUGACCUAUCAUGUGGUCUAGGUUACAGAUGACCAGCUAGAGGCAGCAGGCGACGGGACUGGGGCAGUCAGUGUGGUCUCCACUGCUGCAUUUACUGGAGCACAGCAAGCAGUAGCCUCUCUUGUCAUUCAGAACCCCUUCAGUAAUGGGGGUAGUCCUGCGGAGGAGAUGGUGGGAGAGGAGAUGCGUUUUGCCUAUUUCUCUGCUGACACAGUCAGAGAUGAGGCAGCCAAAGCCGUGUCGGUGCAGGCUGACCCAACAUUUACACAGGCCGGAGGUCACUUCAAUGUGAUGAUGAGCCCACCUGAUGUGUUGCAAGCUGGCACUCCACGGACCAUUGCCCCUCGCACACACACGUACACCAGAGACCUUGGUGAAAAGUAGACUCUACAGCAUGGCAGUUUAAAUUGGAAGAUGGAUGGCCCACGGGCACCUGAUAUGAGAAGAGCACAACACAAUGAAAUGGAGAGGCGGAGAAAAGACAAGAUUAACAGCCGGAUCAUCACUCUCUCAAAGAUCAUCCUAGACUGCAACAUAGACAGUACUAAGACUGGAGCAAAGAAAGGAGGGAUCUUGUCGAAAGUGUGUGACUACUUCUGGGAGCUGAGACAGAAUAACCAACGACUGCAGGACCACUUCAAAGAGAUGUUGAGAGUUCAGGCGGACAACCAGCUACUCACACAACAGGUAUACAACGUAUACAGUGCAUUCGGAAAGUAUUCAGACUUUUUCCACAUUUUGUUACGUUACAACCUUAUUCUAAAAUGGAUUAAAUAAAAAAUUGUCCUCAUCAAUUUACACACAAUGCCCCAUAAUAAAAAAGCCUUUAUUUGUGCUAAUUUAUAAAAAAUUAAAAAGUAAUACCUUAUUUACAUAAGUAUUCAGACCCUUUGCUAUGAGAAUGGAAAUUGAGCUCCGGUGCAUCCUGUUUCCAUUGAUCAUCCAUGAGAUGUUUCUACAACUUGGAGUCCACCUGUGGAAAAUUCAAUUGAUUGGACAUGAUUAAGGCAGGCACACAUCUGUCUAUAUAAGGUCCCAAAGUUGUCAGAGCAAAAACCAAGCCAAGAGGUUGAAGGAAUUGUCCAUAGAGCUCCGAGACAGGAUUGUGUCGAGGCACAUAUCUGGGGAAGGGUAACAAAAAAUGUCUGCAGCAUUGAAGGUCCCCAAGAAAACAGUGGCCUCCAUCAUUUUUAAAUAGAAGUUAGGAACCACCAAGACUCUUCCUAGAGCUGGCCACCCGGCAAAACUGAGAAAACGGGGGAGAAGGGCCUUGGUCAGGGAGGUGACCAAGAACCCGAUGGUCACUCUGACAGAGCUCCAGAGUUCCUUUGUGGAGAUGGAAGAACCUUCCAGAAAGACAAACAUCUCUGCAGCACUCCACCAAUCAGGCCUUUAGUGGCCAGACAGAAGACACUCCUCAGUAAAAUGCACACGAAAGCCCACUUGGAAUUUUCCAAAAGACACCUAAAGGACUCUCAGAACAUGAGAUACAAGAUUCUCUGGUCUGAUUAAACCAAGAUUGAACUAUUUGGCCUUAAUGCUAAGCGUCACGUCUGGAGGAAACCAGGCACGGGGAAGCGUGGUGGCAGCAUCAUGCUGUGUGGAAGUUUUUCAGCAGCAGAGACUGGGUGACUAGUCAGGAUCGAGGGGAAGAUGAAUGGAGCAAAGUACAGAGAGAUCCUUGAUGAAACCCUGCUACAGAGCGCGCAGGACCACAGACUGGGGCGAAGGUUUACCUUCCAACAGGACAACGACCCUAAGCACACAGCCAAGACAACGCAGGAGGGGCUUCGGGACAAGUCUCUGAAUGUACUUGAGUGGCACAGCCAGAGCCUUGACUUGAUGUCACUUGUUAAAUCCACUUCAAUCGGUGUAGAUGAAGGGGAGGACACUGGUUAAAGAAUAUUUUUUAAAGCUUUCAGACAAUUGAGACAUGGAUUGUGUAUUUGUGCCAUUCAGAGGGUGAAUGAGCAAGACAAAACAUGUAAGUGCCUUUGAACAGGAUAUGGUAGUAGUUGCCAGGCGCAUCAGUUUGUGUCAAGAACUGCAAUGCUGCUGUGUUUUUCUCGCUCAACAGUUUCCCAUGUGUAUCAAGAAUGGUCCACCAACCAAAGGACAUCCAGCCAACUUGACACAACUGUGAGAAGCAUUUGCGUCAACAUGGGUCUGCAUCCCUGUGGAACACUUUUGACACCUUGUAGAGUCCAUGCCGUGAUGAAUUGAGGCUGUUCUGAGGGGGGUUGCAACUCAAUACUUGGAAGGUGUUCCUAAUGUUUGGUAUAUUCAGUGUAGUUGCUGUGUAAUUUGGAGCUUGUAGCUGAUUUGUCUUGUAUUGCCAAUAGGGCUGUCCCUGACUGAAAAUAAUCUUUGUUGACCGACUCAAGGAGCCCGAGAUCAAUAUAACCAGAAGAAGUCUUAGGCUACAAAUGUGCCGUCUGCAAAAAAAUCUGGCGAAUACACAGUUAAAUGAAAGGGGAUGUUUGGCAUUAUAUGUUAACAGUAAUAAACAUACAAUUAAGGAAAUCACAUUUGUUCUAAAAUAUAAGUUAUUAGUGUUGCACCAUUGUUCGUACAUAAUACUACCAUGUAGAAUUUCAGUAGCACAUCAGUGUAGGUUUGUGGGAGGUGCUAUAGGAGGACAGGCUCAUUGUAGUGGCUGGAAUGGAAUAAA